AUGAUUGAUGAAAUGGAUGCCUUAAAGGCCAAUCAGACAUGGACAUUGGUUCCCCGAACAUCAUCCAUGAAUGUUAUAGGGUGUAGAUGGGUUUUUAAAUCUAAGCUUUGUGCUGAUGGUUCUUUAGAACGUCUUAAGGCUCGGCUUGUGGCAAAGGGGUUCAAGCAGCGCGAAGGUGUUGAUUUUAUUGAGACAUUCAGUCUGGUUGUUAAGCCUGGAUCCAUUCGUGUUUCAGAUUCUUCUAUGUUUGUUUAUCGUCGUCUUGGUCGAGUUCUCGUUCUAUUACUCUAUGUUGAUGAUAUAGUGCUCACCGUGAACGAUUUGCAUUUUUUGGACUCGUUUAUUACUGUACUCAGUUCCACCUUUGCCAUGAAAGAUCUUGGCUCAUUACACUAUUUCCUUGGUAUAGAGGUCACUUCAACGCCUCAGGGGCUGCAUCUAUCUCAAUCUAAAUAUGCAUUGGAUAUCCUUCGGCGUGCUCAUAUGACCGACAUCAAGUUUACCUCCACUCCUAUGGUGCUUCAUUAUGUUCUGACCGCUACUACAUCCUUUGCCGAUGUUACUCUAUUCCAUAGUCUUGUGGGCGCUUUGCAGUAUCUAACCAUGACAGGACCGGAUAUCUCUUAUGCCGUUAAUUCGGUUUGUCAACAUAUGCAUGCUCCUACCUGUGCUCAUUUUGCUAUGGUCAGGCACAUACUUCGGUAUGUUCGUGGCACUUUGGACCUUGGAUUACGAAUUGUUCGUGAUAGUUCUCUCACCUUGUUUGCAUUUUCUGAUUCGGAUUGGGCUGGGUGUCCUGUUACACGACGGUCCACUACUGGUUUUUGUACUUUCCUGGGCUCCAAUUGUAUUUCUUGGAGUGCCAAGAAACAACCUACAGUUGCUCGCUCUAGCACGGAGGCUGAGUAUCGUGCAAUGGCCUCUACAACAGCCGAAUUGACAUGGCUAUCAUUCCUUCUUCAUGAUCUCGGUAUCACACAGCCCCGACCUGCUUUGCUGUUUUGCGAUAACAUGAGUGCACUUCAUAUGAUUGUCAACCCCGUUUUUCAUGCUCGUACGAAACACAUUGAAAUUGACUACCACUUUGUUCGUGAAAAAGUGGCUCUCGGUUCUCUCCUUACUCGGUUCAUUCCCUCUACUCACCAACUAGCGGAUAUCUUUACAAAACCUUUAGCUCGUAGAGAGUUUCAUCGCAUUUGUGCCAAACUAGGCCUUUGUCUUCUUCCCCGGCCCAGUUUGCGGGGGGAUAUUAGCCGACUCACUAGAUCCAUAUCCAAUGGAAUGGUUCAUGUAGCCGAUCAUUCACAUGAGCAGGGCAUUACAUAG